CACAAAACAACAGAUCCUACAUACAGAGCAUAGCAACAGAGUCUUGAAUACUUUCAGCUUCCCAAUCAUACAGCAACAAACUCCUUCAGAAUGAAAUACUUCGCUACGGUAGCUGCCACCACCACCCUCUUCAUCAGCGCCCUCGCAGCCCCAGGUGCCUGCCGCAACAACUACCCACCGUCAUCCGCACCACCCAACGACACCGACGGCUCAGUCUUCCAAAUCAAAGACUUCAGCGUCCGCAAACUCAACGGCAAAGACAUCAGCAACGUCUCCUUCCGCAUCCUCGCCACCAAUGGCGGAACACUAGAUUUCCAAUGCAUCCCUUAUGACCCUGCAACCGACGCCGCGACGACGAAUUUCGUUCCAGGACAAGUCUACUUCUGCGGCAAAGAUAGUAGUCUCAGUUUCAGUUAUACUCCCAAGCACGACGAUCAGAAGCAGAAUGAACUUUGGUUGUGGCAGACGAUCACGCAGGAACAGGUUUAUGCUGGACAUGUGGAUUUUGACGAUCCGAUUUGUAGGGCUGGAGGAGCGGGACAGAAUGAUUUGAUUUGUGAUGUUCCGCAGGUUGUGGAUUUGUUUGUUACGGUUGAGAAGGCUUCUUAGAGGAGAAUACUGCAGUGAGGGGUGCUUCUGUUGUUGUUUGGUCUUAGCAAGGAUUAUGUAUAGAUGUAGAGAUGAGUAACGAUCAUUCUUAUGCGCUUGUCAUCGUUUGCAGAUGGACUGUGUCCUGGAUCUGGGCUUCUUCAAUUCUCAGUUCGGCACUGGAACCUUUUCUGCUAGCCCUAUACCAGAUCAUGAAUGGCCUGUGCUACUGACUCUAGUAGCUUGGCUGGCCUCCCAAAUCCGGGCCUAGCAAUCUGAACAUUUCAAGCACGCUGGCUUGAAGGCGAUAUCAUCAGACCUGCCGAGACAG